CGAUGCACAGCUGCCUAUUGUAUUUGGAUAGACAGUUGGUACACAUAGAGAAUCUUAGUGUAAAGCAUUGUGUAGUAAACCUGAGUAAGGUUAUAACUGUAUUUUCCCCAAUCGGCUUGCCGUAGAACUCGAAACCCAAUGACAAUUCAGGAAGUAGGGCUACUCCUUGGCGUUGGCCAAAUAUUGAUUAGGCUUGAGCAAAAGGAUUUGGGCGUUUCCGAAUACCAUCGACAUUAUCUAUAAAGACUCUUCUCUUACCUGGUCGCUUGUCAAGGACAGGAAUACACUGAUGGACACAAUGGCAUCCUCAACCCCUUUGACCCAGGCCAACACCACCUUUACCCUGGCGUUGUUCAAAAAAAUCACGGAGGAAAACAAGUCUGGCAAUGUCUUCUACUCUCCUCUCAGCAUCUCUUCGGCCUUGGCCAUGGUGCUGCUGGGUGCACGGGGGAACACCUCCACACAGAUGUCAGAGGUGCUCUGCUUCUCCGAGGCAGAGGGACCCCAGCAGCAGGCUCUUCCAGCACUGGCACAGAUGCAGAUGCAGCAGAGGGCGCCCACCACCUUUCUGCCACAGUUUCUGCUCAAGAGGAUGAAGGGCGAGGAGGACAUCAACGCCAGCUUCUCCAAACUGCUGAGCGAGCUGAACAAGCCAGACGCGCUGUACUCCCUCAGUCUGGCCAACAGGCUGUAUGGAGAGAAGACUUACCAGUUUGUUCAGGGGUUCCUGGAUGAAACCAGGAAGUACUACCAGGCAGACCUCCAGUCUGUGGACUUCAAAACCAAGGCAGAGGAGGCCAGGGUGGAGAUAAACACCUGGGUGGAGAAACAGACACAAGAUAAAAUCAAGGACCUGUUGGUACCUGGUGUGGUUGACUCGCUGACCAGGUUGGUGCUGGUCAACGCCAUCUACUUCAAGGGAAAGUGGGACGAGCCGUUCAAGGAGGAAGCCACCGAGGAGACUGCCUUCAAACUGAACAAGAAUGACACUAAGAAAGUGAAGAUGAUGUACCGCAAAGCAACGUUCCCACUUGCCUUCAUUCCUGAGGCGAAUUGCCAGAUCCUGGAGCUGCCCUAUGAAGGCAAAGAACUCAGCAUGCUGAUCUGCCUGCCUAUGGAAAUUGAGGACGGCACCACCGGCCUGGAGAAGCUGGAAGCGAUGCUGACCUACGAGACCUUCAUGGAAUGGACCCAGCCAGACAGGAUGGGCCAGAGGGAAGUCUUAGUGGGCCUGCCGCGAUUCAAGAUGACCCAGACCUACGACAUGAAAGACCUGCUGGUCAGCAUGGGCAUGGUGGACGCCUUCGACCAGGGCCUCAGUGACUUCUCUGGCAUGUCCUCGGCCAACGACCUGGUGCUGUCCAAGGUGGUCCACAAGGCCUUCGUGGAGGUCAACGAGGAGGGCACCAAGGCCGCCGCCGCCACGCAUAGCCGGCAGAACCUUUGCUUCAGGAUAACCCCCGAAUUCGUCGCCGACCACCCCUUCCUCUUCUUCAUCCGCCACAACCCCAGCAAGAGCAUCCUGUUCGCCGGCCGCUACAGCUCACCUGAGUGAUGGCUGAGAGUG